GAAUCAUCCUGAUUUUAAAUGAAUUAUUUCAUUGCAAAAGACAUUAGAGAUGGAAGCAUUUAUGCAUGAAAUAAUCAUCUACAUCUUUUAGAAAUCACUUGUGAAAACCAUGCAUCUUGACUUAUAAAAUGAAUUCUCUCAUGAACAAAAAAGUUUAUUUUCUUGCUUGGAGAAGUUGAGACUUGAUCUUUUCAUAGUUUCUUUUUCAGAAGGAUUGAUAUAAUUGUGUACCCAAAAAAAAUCUGAACAAAAAUACAGGGUGAGGUAUGCACAUAGCAUCAGAGAUAUAGUUUGACCAGACCCUGGGGUUAUGUAAUCUCAUGCUAUUAGAAAUUUAAAAUGCAAUAUUAAUUUAUCCACAUUGUGCUGCACUCAACCCAGGUGAGGUGAAUGGGUACCUGACAGGAAUUUAUUCCUUGAAAUGCACUGAGCGCUGGAAGGCUGCUUUCAGAGCUAUAGCUGGGGUAAUAAUAUCCAAGUCCUUUGGAAGUGCAUAGAGAAGUUAUUCAUAAUGUGUUAUGCGCUAUACAAGAACUGCCUAUUAUUAUUAAUACAUUGGUCACAUUUGCUCUACGGCGGCCGUACGGCGAGUCGAAAACAGCUGUUUUAACAUUUUUGUACCAACUACAUCUAGGUGGUUUGAAUUAGAAUUAAUAAAACGGCUGUUUUCGACUCGCCGUAGAGCAAAUGUGACCAAGGUAUAAGUCACACUCUUUGUGGAACAACUCAUGAUAAGCUGCAUUAUAUAAAUAAUGCUGAUUUUGAAGACGAUGGUUUAAUGGUGUUUCAAUGUGCACUAAACACUUUAAUGAUAACACAAUACAUGUACAGUGCGUUCAACUCAACAUUAUUUUAAUAUCAGUGUGGAAAUCUACAUUGCAAGGUGCUUACAUUUGGGAAUCAUGAGCAAAAUUCUUUGUGAGAUACAAAUCAUGAUGGUCAAUUCAGUGAUCUUAUAAAGUUGAUUUCUAAAUCAAGGGGUAAAGAUGCAUCAACACACAAAAUCAUGACUAUACAGUACUUCAUGUUGCACUGAAAUCAGUUUGGAAAUGUAAAUAAUUGCAUGCAUUCGAAAUCAUGUGCAAAUAGACCAUAAAGCUUUGUGAAACAACUCAUAUUAGCUCAGAAUUAUAGGUUUUUAUAUUGAUCAAGGAUUUACUUUUGUGUCAGUACCCAUUAUCAUGAUAACACAGUAAAGUGUGUCCUAGAGAGUCAUAUUAUAACGUGUCAUUUUUAUUUUUACUGGUUAAAAUCAGUAGAUUUUAUGUUAUAUAAUACUGAAACAUAAAAGCAGUAGAUUUCAUGUUACUUAUGACUGAAACCGUGCUGCCUACGAUUUCCUUUGAAAAAAAAAUGAAAAACAAAGUCAAAGAACAAAUUUAAAAGAAUAAAAUACAUAAAAUUUGAUUUUGCCAUUUUUUAUAUACAUGUAUAUUUUUUUUAUAAACUACAAAGAGUGACCAGACCAAAAUCUGGCAGUUUGGGGGGCUAUAAGAAAAAAGAUUUACAGCCAAAUAAUGGUUUUAUGCAUUAAUUAGCGUACAUGUACAUGUAAUUGAAAUUACAAACUUGAAUUAAUUUGGUACGAUUGACAAUUGAAUUGUGGAGAUUACGGCAUGGGUGACGUGCAAGCCAAUUUGCUUUGUGAUCGCGCGAUCAACCGUCGAUGUGAUUUCGUAUACUCUGCAUGCCAUUAUAUAAAAUUAAGUGCAAUGUAGGGUUACAUAAUUUAUAAAGUAUUGAAAAAUAAGGUGUAAUAUGCAUUCUACAUGUACGUGAAAUUGUUCACUUAAUGAUUACUAUCUCGGAUGGUACCACGAUGCAUCGUACCCCACACAGCAUUAAUUCAUUUGAUUUGUGAAGUGAAUAUUCUGGAUGUUAUAAAGGAAAAAAAUAUUUCAAGUUCUAAUGAUUUCUUCAUUUCGAAAGUUGUGAAUGUGUGUUAGAGGUUUAUUAUCUUUAAGUAUGAUUUUAUCCACCAGGUGGGUGUUUCAUAAAUCUGUUUAAAGUUACGCACGACUUUACAAUUGACUUGUUGUCCUUUCUUGUGGUGGUAGUAAAUGUUAUGCACCAAUAAGCGCGUAAGAAAUGUUCACCAGUCUUUCUUGAGGUCUGUGGUAACUUACAACUUCAUGAAACACCCAUCAGGUGAAAUAAAACAUAACUCAUUGCAUCAAUUGAUAUAUGAGGGGCAGGUCUUACAAAGAUUUGCAAUAUAUUUCAAAUCAAACCUUGAUGCCUGGUCCCACUGGCCGACGGACACAAAACAUAUUCAUAACGGAUACAGCGGACAAGCAACAUUUCGGGGUGGCUCCAUCCGUUUUCAUCCGCUCCAGACAAUUGACAAAAUGGGUGAACAAUGAAAUCACAGUGGACGGAUGCUCAGUGGAUAUAGAGUGAAUCGGUAUGAAACACAUGUGCAAAGAGUACACAAUGGAUACAUAACGUUUUCCAACGGAUGGCAAGAUUCUUUUCCAUUUUACAUCCUCUCUGCAUCCAUAAGUGCAGUGGGACCAGGCCUUUAAUAAAUUGUGUACCGUAAUGUAGGCUGUCGGAAAAUCAUAAAAUUUUACUAUAAUCUGUGUUUGAUUUGACUGUAAAUCUUUGUAAGACAAGACCCUGGUAUUGAUGAUUCUAAAGUGCACAGACCCCUUGGUAUAUCUGAUGGUUAUUGGAAGAUUGUUCUGUUGAUGAAAAGAUGGUUUGAAUCAGUAUGUUUGUGUUUCUCUACAGGGUGGAUGAGGACGAUUGUAUGGAAAGCGGAGGAAAUGCCCAUUGAGCAACUACCAUUCCAUGUAAUGGAUAACUUCAUAAUUUGUCCAAUUUGAUUAUUACAAGUCCACAGAAAGACUUGAUCACCAAAUGUCUACACAGUACAAGGAGACUAUACCAUGUGGGAAGUCAAAUUUGUCUCGAAGGAUUCAGGAAAUGUCAGGUGAUAGGUCGCAUGGGAAACAUCUUCUAGAAGAUCGACUGAGUGAGGAUGAUUCUUAUCCUGCACCAAACCAAGUGGGUUGUUCUCGAAGAGAGGUGGAUCGUAAUGAUGGAAGAUUGGAAGUACAUGUAGAUACAGACAUCAAAGUGGAGUCCGGUGCGAACUGUGAAACGUCCUGUGCAGGAAGCAUACAGACUUCUCCUGUUUGUUCAAUAAGAAAUGAUAGACAUUUGUCUUCCAGCAACCCAGCGAGAGAUAAGCCUUUCGCCUGCUCUGUUUGCAACAGACAAUUUAUGCAUAGGUCUUCUCUAAAUUCUCAUAUGAAAACCCAUGGAACAGAAAAGCCUCACGUGUGUUUUGUUUGCAAGGAACGAUAUCUACAUCUAUCUAGUCUCAGAGCCCAUAUGCAAAGUCAUACAGGAGAAAAACCCUAUGAAUGUUCUAUUUGUGACAAAAGAUUCAGUUAUUCCAGUAGUCUCAGAACACACAUUGCUCUCCAUACGGGAAAUAAACCACAUCAGUGUUCACUUUGCUCAAAGACAUUUUCGAAGAGAGAUCAUUUGGUUUCACACCAACGAACACAUGUACGUAAAACGGAAAGUAUACAGUCUACUCGAGUUUGUUCAAGCAAAAAUGAAAGGCUUCACGAGUGUUCUUUGUGCGAGAAAAAAUUUGUGCGUGCAUAUGAUCUCAGAACUCAUGUGCGAAUUCACACAGGAGAAAAACCCUACGCGUGUUCAAUCUGUGACAAAUGCUUCGGCGAUGCCAGUAAUCUCAAAGCACAUAUGGCAGUCCAUACAGGGGAAAAACCACAUCAGUGUUCACAUUGUUCGCAGACCUAUUGGAAGAGAGCUCAAUUGAUUGCACAUGAAAGAACACAUUUAAGUGAAACCGGAAGUGUACAUGAUGGACAAUCUUCCAAUAACCCGGUAGAAGAAAAACCUUUUAGGUGUGCUAUUUGCAACAAAGGAUUUUACCAAAUACCUUAUCUGGAUAAACAUUUGAGAACCCAUGGAGAUGAAAAGCCUCAUGAAUGUCCCGUGUGCAAGAAAAGAUUUCUGCGUGGCUCUAAUCUCGGAAGACAUAUGAGAAUUCAUACAAAAGAAAAACCUUACGUCUGUUCUAUUUGUGACAAAACCUUCAGGUUUGACAGUAAUCUCAGGUCACAUAUGACUGUUCAUACAGGGAAAAAGCCACACCAGUGUUCACUUUGUUCAAAGACAUAUUGGAAGAGAGCUCAAUUGAUUGCACAUGAAAGAACACAUUUAAGUGAAACCGGAAGUGUACGUGAUGGACAAUCUUCCAAUAACCCGGUAGAAGAAAAACCUUUUAGGUGUGCUAUUUGCAACAAAGGAUUUUACCAAAUAUCUUAUCUGGAUAAACAUUUGAGAACCCAUGGAGAUGAAAAGCCUCAUGAAUGUCCCGUGUGCAAGAAAAGAUUUCUGCGUGGCUCUAAUCUCGGAAGACAUAUGAGAAUUCAUACAAAAGAAAAACCUUACGUCUGUUCUAUUUGUGACAAAACCUUCAGGUUUGACAGUAAUCUCAGGUCACAUAUGACUGUUCAUACAGGGAAAAAGCCACACCAGUGUUCACUUUGUUCAAAGACAUAUUGGAAGAGAGAUAGAUUAGUUGAACACGAAAGAACUCAUACGAGUGAGAACCCCUUUUCAUGCUUGGUGUGUGAUGCAAGAUUUAAUAGUACACAUGAGCUGGUGGAACACAGAAAUACACACACAGGAAUGGAAACCAUUGUAGUGUCCAUUAUUCCCACAUAAAACCCUAUACCAGAGACAAACCUUAUGCGUAUUCGUCAUUGUGACAAAGUAAGAUCUUCUCACCUAUGCUAAAAAGAUUGACAUGGGGUGGCAUUUGCGCCGGAGGCAAUUGCUCUGGGCUUUAUUUCAGCCAAGAUAUAGGGUUAGUGUUAGGGCUUCAAUAGGAUAUUAUUUGAGUUUUAGGGUUAAAUUUAGGACAGGGUAUAGUGUUAAAUCCAGGGUUGAUGUUGGCGAUUCCUAUAGUGUGUGAAAUUCACAGCGAUGCAAUUGUUGCCUUAGCAAAUGCCAUUGAACCCGACAUGGAAGCACACCAGAUAACCCAUAAUAGUGAGAAGCCCCUCGCAUGCAACGUCUGUGGUUGUAGUUCUACCCAGAUACUUGCAGAACAUAUAAUCCCGUGGGAGGGGGGCUACUUAGCAUAAAUGUAUGAUAUGUAUGUGCCGCGGUCGAGACCCCCAUUUUCUGCCUAAAUUUCUGUUCCAGACCAUUACCAAUUUGGAAAGCCAUAGAAAUUCCUAUUUUCCCCGUUCCGGAGAACCUCAAAUUUGUGGUUUCUUGUUCCAGUGCACGCCCAUCAUGAACUACUCAGUCGGUCGGGGUGUUGAGUUUGAUCGACGCGGAGUCAUUUGAUUUUCGGAGACCCCCAUUUUUUUUGUGGACCAGGUCAGUUCCAGAGCAAUGUAUUUUUAGCAAUCGUUGAUUCUAGGGCCGUUCCGGAGACUUCCAUUUUUAAGACAAAUAUUUAGUUCCAGAGGCCCCUAUUUUUUACUUUGGUGUGGCACAUAGGUAUCAUGUUAUAAUUCGACUAGCCCUACCUUGGCAUAUACUAAUCCACAGGGAAAGGGUCCUUGUCAAUCAGUGCAGGGCCUGAAUGUGCACAUAAGAACCUUUACCGGAGCGGAAAAAAAACGUAUGUAUGUCCUCAGUGUAACGAAGCAUUUAGACAUUGUUCUACCCUCACAAGGCUCAGAUAAAUACAAGUAUGGUGUGCUUUGCAACUGUCUGCAUGUCUUGCUCUUUUUGUUAGUUUAUAACAUGCAUGAUAUGGGCUCUAAUCAAUUAAUUGGCUGAAUCCUACCAUGUGACCUGUCUGUUUUUUAACUUAGCGAAGAAUGGACUUGAUUGGUUCAUCAAAUAAAAAUUGAUCUACAUCACUAUGUUAUAUAAUAUCAUAAAAUUUUGUCUUGGCAUUAGAAUGAUUACAUAUACUUGUUACCUUUGAACCUUUUAAAGUGUUCCAAUAAAGGAAUCUUGUGAGGCAUAUAAUUCUUCCUAUGGAUACCUCAUACAAAUCAAAAUCAUACGUGAGAUAUGAGAAGAAUGCAUAUUGGCGAGCUGAUGAUGAUAAAAUAAUAACGUUUUAUUUACCCAGGGUAGCCACUUCAAUCAUAAGACUGCUCUUCCAGCGGGCCCUGCAUAACAUAAUAUGUUAUUAUUACCCUUCUCCAAUCUAAAUGCUGAGCGCCAAUUAAGAAGGCAGAGGGUCACAUUUUAUAAGUCUUUGGUAUAUAUGACUCGGCCGGGGAUCGAACCCACGACCUCCCGUUCAUGAGGCGGACGCUCUACCACUGAGCCACCGGUCACUGAGCCACCAUGCCCAGUGGCACAUAAUUCCUAUUGUAUUUCAAUGUUUUCAGUUCAGUUUAAAAAUGAGUUAUGUCUCUGUUGAUCAUGUGUAUUGGAAUACAUGAUAACUGCCUUCAUACUAUCACUGUUCUGUGAAAAUUAAGACUUCAAAAUGCUGUAUCUUUGAUCUUAAAAGUGGCUGCCUCAGGUAGAUGUUUUGGCCGGUGUAUCCCAACUUUUUUCUUGAUAGAAGAAGAAUCUAUUCCUUAAUUUUCAAUAAAAUUCAUCUUGCAUUGUUAACAAGUGGCAAUGCUUCACACCAAGAAAUAUGAUAUUAUAUGCCGUACGUCCUUCGGCAUACAAUAGCUAACAUGUUCAGUUCAGGUGUUGCUGCUCCUUUGUUAUAAGAUUUUUGUGAAUGUGUUUUAUUCAUGCAAAUGAAUUCAUGUUGCAUUAUUGAUUCAGUCAAGGUUCGUGAUGUCUAUAGAGUGUAAAAUCACUUUCAGUAUUAAUCAAUAACGGCGCUGGCGGGCGCCUUUUCUGAGUUGCGUUGUAUUCUAAAAAGUAAGCCGCAAGUUAUUAUAAAUUAAAACCUAUGCUAAAAUGCUGAA